GUGACUCAGUUCGCCUGCGCAUAAGUGCCACAGAUAGCUUGCGUCUCGCUGCAAACACGCCGUAUGCGUGGCGCGCCAGCCAAAUGUGGACCAACGAUGUUCAUGCCGUGGAGUGCGCUCCCUUUGUCUCUGGUCGUCGUGGAAAGUUGGGUGGACGUCGCAAAGAAAUAAUGCGUAUUGUUAGCGUGCCACUGCUCGUCCACUAUGUACCGGCGUGUAUGCUGGGACUAACAUCGAAGCACCGGCAACUUGGAGGGCGCUUUCGACCGCGCCGUGCCAUUCAGAAGUGGCGAAGCCGUGACCCACGACAGUGUCCACAUAACCCGUGGCCAUGGCUGCAGCAGCACGGCGUGUCAUCUGGAUGGACAUGUCAGGCAGGGUACAUCUGCACUCACUUCAAGACGACGACCCUCCACCUCAAGAACAGCCUCUCCUCAAUGAUAAGUACCGAGAUUAAAUGAAAGGAAAAUAUCACAUCCGUAACCAGACUGAUAUUGUGUUUUCCUUUCAUUUAACCUCCUUCUACAUUUAAGGAAGCAUUGAUAUGCCCAUUAAAAGUUUUUGUUAAAUUUCUCUCAUUGAGUGAUGUCUAGCAUGCAGCAUAUGUACGGGUCCAUGUACAUGUCAAAAGUGCUUCAUCUUUGCUGGACAUACAUACAUGCAUACAGGCUGCAUAUAUCAAGUACCAAAGACAGUCACGUACAGGUAACAUCAUUAAAUAAGGUCUGGCUGCUAUUGGGACACUUGAGAAAAUAUUACCACACGUGGUUGCCAAUUUUGUUGUAGGAGUGCUAUGAGCACCAGCAGUGUAAUGUAUAAGCUCAUUAGAUUCAUUAGGAAGACAUGAGAAAGUCACAAGAAAACUGCUUUGGAGCGCACAUUAGGAAAACAUUUCAUACUCACAAGAAAACUCAUCAAGAAUUCAACAGAAAGACGGUGGCCAAUAUGUUUAAGAAUGACAUUAGGAAUACAUCAGAAAAUUCCAGACUUUCACCAGAAAGUGUAAUGUCUGUGUAUCAAAACUCGUGAGACUCACGUGAAACUCGGUUAAAGGAUAAAAAAGAAAAAAAAAACACUAUGCAAUACCCCACCCAAAUUUCCUGAUCCCCUAUUUCUGUUUACCGCAGCAAACACAUGCUUCUUCUACCGUCUUAUAUCUCGCUUUAUAGGUGCGUGUUCUAAGGCAUCUCGAUCUCGCUUCGACAAGCUUCCCUUUGAGUUAUCGUAAAUUGUUUCUUUCCUGAUAUCGUUUUUUCCUCUUAAGUAGUUACAUAUGGCAGGUUUCUUUUCCACUGCCGCCACCCAUGAGAUUAUUUCAGCCUCUGACUUUCCGCUUGACCUUCUUUGUUGCUGUGUUGGGCUUUGUUGCUGUGCUGUGCCUAUGCGGCCCUACAGGCCGCAUAGGCAGCGCCGGUGUUG